AUGGGUGUUCAAACCAUAACAAGAGCAAAGAGAAAAGCAAAAAGAAUGAAUGAAGGCCACUACAUAGAUCAGUACAACAACCUUGCUGCUUACAUGAAGGAAUUAUUGAGAAGUAAUCCGGGUUCAACUGUGGAGAUCAAGACUUGUAUGGAUGGUGACAUAAGGAGAUUUCAGAGGAUGUACAUUUGUUUUGCAGCAUGCAAGAAUGGGUGGAAGAAUGGCUACAGGCCUAUAAUUGGUUUGGAUGGGUGUCACAUAAAAGGGCACCAUCCUGGACAGCUAUUGGCAGCAGUUGGCAUAGAUUCAAACAAUGGGAUGUUUCCAAUUGCAUAUGCCAUUGCUGAGAAAAGGGAUAGCAGCUACACAUUCAUCACAUAUAAGCAAAAAGGGCUGGGAAAUGCAAUUGCAGGUUGGUUUCCAAAUGCUGAACACAGACACUGUGUUAGGCAUAUGUAUAACAAUUUCAAGGCCAAGCAUCCAGGGGAGGGGCUAAAACAAUUGGUUUGGAAUGCAGCAAGAUCAAGCACUGUGGUGUGGUUCAACAAGCAUAUGGCUGAUCUAAGGGAGCUAAGUGAGGGAGCUUGGUCUUGGUUUCAGGACAAGAAUCUAGCACAAUGGUCUAGGGCUUACUUAAAGAUGAGUCUAGCCAUUCUGCCAGCUAGAGAUAAGCCUAUCCUAACAAUGUUAGAAAAGAUUAGAAUGGAUAUGAUGGUGAGGCAAUCAAAUAGAAGAGUGGCUUGUGAAAGGUGGAAGGAUUUGGUUGGACCAAGAAUCAAGAAGAUCAUUGACAAGAUUGGUCAGAGAGCAACUGAAUACAGAGCACAUAGAGCUGGGGAGUUCAUAUUUCAGAUCACUGGCUGUGGAGAGCAUGGCAGCAAGCAUGCUGUAGAUCUGGGCCUCCAUACUUGCACCUGUAAGAGGUGGCAGCUGAGUGGGCUACCCUGUGUUCAUGCCGUCUGUGCAUUAAGGUUCAAGAAAUAG